CCAUCCACACAUUUUUACCACUCCUGUAAUCCUCUCUCUCACCCACCCUCUCAAGUCUCACCCACCCAUCAAUCUUCAUCUCUCCCUUUAUUUUCCUUUUCUUCGGAAGACGAAGGAAGAGGAAGAAGUAGGAGAAGAAGAGAAGGAACGAAUCAAGGAAAGCCCCGAUGAUCUCGACCUCUCCCAACUUGUGUUGUGGCCUUCUCUCUGCGAUUCAGCUCGAUCGCUGUCUCUUUCUCUCUCUAUGAUGCCAAAUUUUCGACGAUAAAGCAACAACCUUGCUAAGGAAGGAGGUUCGUUCGAUUUCUGGUUAGCUAGGUUGUGAGUUUUCCUAAACACAUCGAUCUUAUUUAUCUACAUCUUCUUUCUAUCUAAGUUGAUUUUUUUUGGGUUUCUCUUUUCUCUUCCUUAAGUAGAAGUACUUUCUCCUUCUAUUUUUUUUUUCUGCAAACGACGAAGAGAAGGGAAGGCAUGAAUGACGACGAUGGUGUGAUUAGAAGGUCGGCAAUGGGCGCCAGUGAUGCUCCUGGCGACAGGUGAGAGUCUUUUAGCAUAUUGUAUCUUUUGGGAUUUUUGGUUUGGCUUGAAUUCUCACUACUACUUAUCUUUUAUUUUUGGCAUUUUCUAUCAGGAAGAAGGAAGUGAUUCCUCGGCCAACGACUAACAUAUGAAAGAAUAAAAUGGCCUCCCGCCAGAGCUGGGGCACCUAUCAAUGCCGACCAAGGUAAGUUGUUUUUGUGAAUUUAUUUCCUUCUCAUUUUUGGUAUGUUUGGAUUUUUUAUUUGUUGGUUCCUGCUACCCUAAUAGGAAUUUUCCUUUUUGGCCUUCGGGUUCGUGCAAUAGGCAUGAUAGUGGAGUUAGCUGUUGCCGGUGUAGAUUUCCGAAGGUAGUAGAGGUGACGAGGGUUGCCCACUGCUCUCUAGCACUCUCUAGGUAAGGGUUUUCUUUUUCUUUUUGGUCGUUGGUUAUGUUUUUAGUCUGCGUCUUCAGUCUUCUUUAUUUUGGGGAUUUUCAGUCCUAGCCUUUUUGGUCUUUGCAUACUUAAUGGAUUUGGUUCAUUAUUUGGUUGGCAGAGGGAAGAAUAUGAGAGUGUUGGUUUAGAAGAGAAGAAGAAGGCAAAUAAAUUACCUUUUGGAGGUUUUAUUUCAAAUUAACUAUUUGAUAGGUCCAUGUUUGGUUCAAUCAUGUUUGUGGAUGUUCUACCUUAACUAAAUAUCAUCUUUGGGGUGUUGGUUUCAUCCGUGUACAGGAAGUUCUCGCUAUGAUAUGGAGAAUGCAAAGAAGAAGACAAUGAGUAAGCUGUAAGCAGCAGCGUAGAGUAUGAUUUUCCCCAUCAAAUCUCAUGAUUUAGUAGCGUUUUUUGCUAGUUAUCACGGUGCUAACCCCUAUAAGGGUUAACACCUAAUUCCAUCCCGCUGGCGAUUGUCUUCGCCCUUCUAGUCGAUGCCUCUCGUUCUAACAGAAGAGGGAUUUUCUCUCCUGCUAAUCGACUGCGGUUGGAGAUCUAGAUUGACCAGGGAGGUCUUCUCGAGCUUUUGAACCCAAAUCGUCACCAAUCUUUGCCUGUGUUUUGAGGAAGAGGAAGGGGAUCCAAAGACAGGCACUGGGAUUCCUCCCCUGUUUGUGCCGAUUCGCUCCUUAACACCAAAUUGAAGCUCGCCUCGCCACCGGAUCGUGGGGCUUAGUUUUAGCCGAGAGAGGACAAAUCGAUUAGGGAACUCUACCCCGGAUCGUCUUCUGAACUUUCGCCUCGAAAGGCGCCAACUUAGGAGGAAGACAAAGCGAUUAAGCAGCCAAUAUGCUUAUUGGGCUUGGGAAAGCCCAUAAUUUGAUUUGAACCUCUGCAGCCCAAAUCGUGCACGUUGUAUGUAUCUUCCUUUUACCUCCUCCCUACCUUCCCUAUCUCUCUCGCCGCUUCCACGCUCCAAAAAAAGACACUCCAGCUCCCACUCCUCCCUCCGAUUCGCAGGCUGCCGUCUCUAUCCCGUCGUAUUUGUUCGAAGUAAGAUAUCCGCUUUUCCUUUUCCUACCUAUCUUAUCUUAGAUCAUGAAAUGGGUGUCGAAUUCCAAGUGAGUGAUUGAUUCUUCACCGAUUGUACUUCCAUUGUCAGUUUUCCGGCGAAUAAACUUCUCGUUAUAGCUCCCAUGCUCUUGCUUGAAAAUUUCAUCAGGCUGUUUAUGGUGUUCCUGAGAUGGAAACUAUAGACAAAAGUUGAACUGUUAACUAGGGAAAAGAUUGGUGCAAUUUUGGACAAGAUUGGAUUGGUAUUUGAGAAUGUAUUUGAAAGGAGGGACUUUGCUUUUGGGUACCCACUAAUGAAUUCAAACUCCUUUCUGCUUCGCAAAUGCAUCUAGAAUGGAAAGUGAUGACAUAGUAGGAGGAGGAGAUAAGCUAAUACUAAGAGGUCUGAAGUUCCAUGGGUUUCAUGGGGUGAAGCAGGAAGAGAGGUCACUGGGGCAGAAGUUUCUGAUCGAUGUAGAUGCCUGGAUGGACCUCCGAGCAGCUGGAAUCUCCGAUCAGCUGACUGACACCAUCAGCUACACUGAUAUCUACCGCAUUGUGAAAGAAGUUGUUGAAGGACCACCGCAGAAUCUGCUGGAGUCUGUGGCUCAAAAGAUUGCAACUAAAACUCUGACAAACUACCCUCGAAUCUCUGCUGUGCGGGUGAAAGUCGGGAAGCCUCAUGUUGCUGUACAUGGACCUCUAGAUUAUCUGGGGGUCGAGAUCCUCCGACGGCGUUGAGAUGUGGAUCUACCAAACGGUGAUAACUUGUGUAACGUUGUGCGGGAAAUUAUCAAUCCCCAUCUACUACUUCGGGGUUUGUUUGCUGCACUUUUGUCUGUGCAGGAAUAUGCAGAUAAAAUGCUGUCAGUUUUUCAAGCAUGCAACUUUGGUUCAUGUGUGGGCGAAAGCCUUGUAGUCCAGUGAAACAUCCGUGACAAUGCUAAGAUAGUACCCCAAAUGGGUUGGAUUCUGAGCCUUUAUAACUCUCCUUUCUUUCAUUCUAAGCUAGGUCUCAAUUCUACCUCAUGUUAUUGAAUGACAAAUUGUGUUCAUUUGAUGUCUGUUGUAUGACGAGGAUGGAUAUCUUGCUCAACUCAUUGGCUAGAUUGUUGUAAUUGUUUAGAACCCGCAAAGAAGAGUCAUCCUAGUCCUACUAUUUUUGCUUACUGGAACCAUUUUGUUUGCCUGGAUAGUUGUAAUUGCUUAUGGGCAUAAUUCAAUAGUCAAAACCAACAAUGACUAGAGACUCGUACUUUUCACCCAAUUCUUCCUGUUAGUUCAAUUCUUUUGUUAAAAUUAGUAUUAUUAGGUCACUUACUGCUUGCUUAAACCGGUGAUUUAAUAGGGAUGAUCAGGAUUUUUGUCAAUUGAACUCCUAUCAAUUUGCUCUAGAGCUAAACGAGUGACUCAAGAUUGAUAUGAUUUUCGUCCUAAGUUACGCUAAUGUUGCAUUAUUUGCAAGCAAGUAGUGGCUUUCCCCCUUAUCUCUAAGAAUUAACUGUUAAUGAUAAC